ACAGUGCGCUCAGGUACAAGGCUCAAAGCUACAUUCGACAAUAGAAAGUGUGUUCGUAUGAGACAGCAUAUUUAAGUUUAAUCGUUUGAAUAAAAGACAUAAAGUUAGUAAAAUAAAAAUAAAAAAACUGAAGCUGAAACUCACUGACUUGUUGUCUCUUGCAUCGUAUGGAGUAAAAUAUUUCUAAUUCAUUUCGAUUUAGUAGGAAAAAAGAAAGAGUGAAAGUUUAAAGAUGGGUCAUAUAAAAACUAGAUUCGUCAAAGAAGUGGAAAAUUUGAGUGGUUCAGCAGAUGUGGAAAAACUUCGGCAGAGAUUUCUUAAAUAUCUAGAAGAAGAAGAUUGGACUGGUCUGUAUGAUCCACGAGAUGUGCAACGUCUGAAAAACGACGAUUACUAUUGUAAAAGAAUUUUGAGACACCAGUCUGGAAAUGUAAAUAGUGCUGUGGAAUCAGUCAAAAAUAUAUUCAAAUGGCGACAAGAAAUGGGUAUUAAUGAUCUAACUGAAGACGAUAUAGAUCCAGAGAUCGUUAAGAUAGGCGCUGUUUUUUCAUACAAUAAAGAUAGAGAAGGAAGUCCAUUAUUGAUUUUAAGGGUUAACUGUCACAGAAAAGACCCAGAUACGAGAGACGAGCGACGAAAAAUCGUAGCUUAUUGGGUAGAAAAAAUGGAGAGGGAAAGGAAAGGAGAAUCAGUGUCCGUUUUGAUGGAUUGUUCCAGCUCUGGAAUGGCGAAUAUGGACGUGGACUUUACAAUGUACUUGAUGUCUUUAUUUAUAACCUACUAUCCAGCGUUUAUUGACCACAUUUAUGUAUUUGAAAUGCCAUGGAUAAUGAACGCAUGUUGGAAGAUCAUCAAGAAAAUGAUUUCCAGCAGCACAGCAGAGAGGAUUAAGUUUCUGACAAAAACUUCAUUCACCGAAUACUUGAAUCCAGAGGAGCUUCCCCCCCACUUAGGCGGAACGUGUCUAAAGAAAUACAGGCCAUCAAACCAUUUGACUUGUACAGGUGAAGAAGAACAUCUUAAUGGAGUGACUAUAUGAACCGGAAGUGAAGAAAAGAACAAAAAUUCUCGUCUCUUCAGGGAGUAAAAAAUAAAUAAAUGA